AUGGUGGCGAAGGCGCGGUUGGUGGCAUGGGUGGCGGCUGCUACGUGGUUCGCGACGGGGUGGAAGGACCGAGUCUUGAAGCUCGUGGCUGCUGCUCACCCCGAGGAUAAGCCCGUGCUGGUGAAUGUGAGCAAGCUGCUGACGAUGCUGCUGCGGGUGGCGGCGGUGGGAACGCUGGCAGAAAUGUUGGGCUUCAGUCUUAAGUCGCUCAUCGCUGUGGGAGGAAUUUCCGGUGGGUGUUUUGUGCAAAGCAUCCCCCUCAGCUAUGAUGUGAGCGGCCUCAGGUCGCACAGGUUGGGUGUGGCGCUCGGAUUCGCCUCCAAGGAGAUAGUGACCAACUUCUUCGGCGGGCUCAUCCUGUUCCUAACGCAGCCGUUUGUGGUGGGCGACAAGAUCAAGGCGGGCAGCGUGACGGGGCGCGUGCGCGAGAUCGGCUUCCUGCAGACCAAGCUGGAGGCCGACGACAACUCGCCCAUCGUCGUGCCCAACUACAUCUUCAACACCGCCUUGCCACGCCUCACUGCUCUCACAGCUAUCAGUUGCCUUGCCUCUCACGGCUCUCCCUACUGCCAUCCCUCUUGCUCUCUCUGUCCUCCCUUCCUGCCGUUUCCCCCCUGUCAUCCCUCCCUUCGUGCUUCACCACACACCAACCCCACUUGUGCUCACACCAAUCCAACUCACCUUCUGGCCCUUCUUUUCCUUCCCGCCCCCUCUCCACCUCCCCCCACUGCCCCCACCAGGGGGUCACAAACUACUUCCGCACAGGGUGCUACCUUCGUGCUGCGCAACGAGGACAUCAUCCGCAUCCGGCCCAUCACCGAGAAGCUCAGUGUGUGCCUGCCUCCUCCCACCCAUACCAACCCCUUUGCACCCCUUACACCUCCCCUUCUUCCCCACCAGAUUGUGACCAACUACACGCGUGCAGGGUGCCUCGCUCUCGAGGCCACCUUUGUGCUGCGCAACGAGGACAUCAUCCGCAUCCGCCCCAUCACCGAAAAGCUCACCGCCUACCUGCGCGCGCACCCGCUCGUGGACGUCAGCAAGGGCCCCACGCUCGGCUACCUCAAGAAGCUGUCGGGCACGGGCCUGGAGGUCGGCAUCAUUUGCUACGUGCAGGACAUGGAGGACGAUGAGUACCUGGCGGUGCAGCAGGAGAUUCUGGAGCAGAGUGCGGAGAUCAUCGGCUGGGUUGCAGCAGGAGAUUCUGGACCAGAGUGCGGAGAUCAUCGGCUGGGUGUCCCCAAGCUUGCCCUCUUGUUCAACCCUUCUAAAACCUCUCCCUCCCUCCUAACCCCCUCUCCACCGCUCUUCACCACUCUUCACCCAUGUGUGCAGGAGGACGAUGAGUACCUGGCGGUGCAGCAGGAGAUUCUGGAGCAGAGUGCGGAGAUCAUAGUGGAGGAGGGCGCCUACCUUGGGGAGAGCGCACCCUUUGAGCCCUCCGCCUCCCUCGUCGCCUAG